AUGGAUCAGUACCUGUUUCAGACGUAUCUCGACCAGUGCUCAUUUGUGGAGGAGACUACCUCAUGGAUAGAAAUCUUCAAUUAUUCGGAUGAAAGUCUCAACACCAUUGAGGAGCAUCGAUUCGGGCCUGAUGAGCGACGAGUCGAGUUUCAUAAUUUUUUGCGUCGGCGGGGUGUCUUUGCUCCUAGAGAGUUGAAGGAAGGAGUACGACUUUUGAACGGAAUUCGUCUGAUAGUACAAAAGGAUGCGCAAGAUAAUGAAACCUUUGCACCUCUUCACAUUUCUUUAAAGCCCGAGGACUACUCAAGCAUGGUCGAGAGCAUGCGGUUACCUUACCGAGCCAUAGAAGGAACCAGCGUCGUCGGCCCCUUUUUCUGGGCAGCUCUGGACCACGACGACAAAGAUCCUCACUUGCAAAUCAUCUUCCGCAAAUCCGACGUCCGGAAAAAGGGCAAAACCCGGGGCUGGGAACUGAUGCUCUCGCACUCUUUCAACACGGGCAUCACCUCGGGUUUCGUCAAAGGCACGCCCUCCUCCGACAUCAACGUUUCCAUCAAGACCCUAUUGGCCUGCGCCUCACAAGCCAUGCACCCCUUUUUGCUCCCCAUGAUCGUUUUGUCUCACGACAUCUCCAUCAAGACGGACAUGAAGCAGCGCGAAGCGCGCGAGUGGUUGCGCCGGCUCGAGCACGCCGUCAGCAUGCGACAAGAAAUCCUCGAGGAAGAGUCCAACUACAUCAAAGACACCAUGGUCAACUUGGACCAGAUCAACCGCGACCUGGUGGAGUGCCACUCCCAAGUCCUCUGGAAACGCCCGCAAGCCUACCAAGAAAUCGUCCGCAGUUUCGGCAUCGCGCUCGAUAGUUUCUGGUCUCUCGCUGAAUCCCGCCCCGAAACCUACGGCAAAGAGGCUUUCAAAGCCCUGAACGAGAGCUUCGUCUCCCGCCUGGAUUUCUUCCAAGCCAAACUCAAGGGGAUCGAGAGCUACGCACACAUCACGCUCGAGCGUCUGUCCAUCCAGCGCGCGGCGCUGUACAACAUCAUCGCCCAGAAGGAGUCCAAGCUGGGUCUGCAAAUGGCCGUCGACCAGCGCAAGCUGGCGCACGCCGCCAAACGGGACGCAACCUCUAUGAAAUCCAUCUCCUUCUUGGGCGCGGUAUUUCUACCCGCCACACUACUGGCGUCCGUCUUUUCCAUGACCUUUUUCAACUUUCAGAACCAGGAUUCGGGGGAUUCGUCGUCGUCGUCCGCCGCUGGUGACACCAAUUCAACCUCUUCUGGGGGCAGUGGAAGCGGUGGUUCAGUCUCCCCCACCAUCUGGGUGUACUUUGCCAUCACCAUCCCUGUGACGCUCAUCAUCGUCGUGACCUGGCUCCUGUGGGACAAGAGGCGCGAAGCCGAGUACGCCAAGGUAGAUGAAGAUAUCGAGAAGGGCAUCGAUGCGAUGGAGAAGAAGAUCAUGGCAGAGAUGAGGAAGAGGACGAUGAGCACGGCUAGGACGUGGAAUGUUGCCAAGAGUUGA